AUGGCUCUGGGCCUGACGAAAGUGCCCCUGGACUCGAAUGUAUUCUGGUCACCAGUGGACCCUCGGACCGAGGGCUGGUUUUUGGUGGGAAACUUGCCAGCGCUGAUAACCCUUCUCGUGGGAUACGUGUACGUCGCGAAGAUCGCGGGACCCCGAUGGAUGAAAAAUCGACCGCCCUUCGACAAUCUCAAACCAGUGAUCCGAGCCUACAACUUCGCCAUGGUGCUCACCAACGCGCUCAUGCUAAAGUACAUACUAGCAAGAACCUACUUCGGAGGUGGAUACUCUUUUUAUUGCCAAGGCAUAAGCUACACCGAUCGGAGUGACCAAGCGAUGGAACUAGUGUCCGCGUUGUAUUUCUACACCUUCAUACGGAUAAUCGACUUCUUGGAUACGAUAUUCUUCGUUCUGAGGAAGAAGUUCGACCAUGUGAGCCUCCUCCACGUGUCGCAUCAUUGCCUCGUGGUAUUCAUCGGCUGGUACGGAGCGUCGCAUGGUUUCGGAGGACAACCCAUGGCCGGAACAGCCGUAAACAUGUUCGUGCAUGUCAUCAUGUACACGUACUAUUUCUUAGCAUCGUUCGGAAAACGCUUCGAAAAGUAUCUUUUCUGGAAAAAGUAUCUCACUCAGCUACAGCUGCUGCAGUUCAUCUUCUGUAUGGUGCAUAUUCUCGUGCCGGUUUUCGAACCUCAAUGCUUUAUCCCACUGGAUCAUGUGGCGGUCGUUAUCCUUCCCGUCAUAUUUUUCCUGGCGAUGUUCUCAAGGUUCUACGUUCAUACCUACCUGAAAAAAAGGUGUACAGAAGUUAUGAAGACAGCUCUCAUCAAAGAUAUACCUGACAAAGAAAGAGCCCUAGCGACAGCCCGGGAGCAGCCUAGCUUCAGAGAGAACAAGAAAUUAAAUUAAAUUGAAAGAAUAAUUAUGUAUAUGCAU